GGUUCCAUCUUGCUUUUUGCAAAAUCUGCUAAGUAACACCUUUAUAAAUCCGCCGAGGAAGUGCAUUGGUUGCAGUGCAAAAAGAGCAGCUCAAGAGGAAGGCACUGCUGGAGGAAGUUGUGCAUCUAAAGAGUUUGAAGGAUUCCACACACGAAGGCGAAAGCAAACGGCACUGAGGAAAAAUGAUGCAGAUUAUGGAUACCUACAACCAGAAGCAUUCCUUAUUCAACGCCAUGAACAAAUUUAUAGCUGCGGUCAAUAACAUGGACCAGACGGUCAUGGUGCCGAGUCUUUUGCGGGAUGUCCCUCUUGAAGACGAGAACAAGAGCGAAGUUAAUGGCGUUUCAAGUACCGGAGCGUCCAACUAUUACUCUGAUAAGUGGGACAUGUACAACUACUUCGUCUUGUUGAAAUCCAUCAAGAACGACAUAGAGUGGGGUGUGGUGCAACUGGACGAUAGGAAAAAGGAUAAAGCCGCCACCAUAGACAUCAGAGUGGACGAGGUCGAAGGAGAAGAGGACUUGCAGAAACAAUUCCAUUAUCAUCUAAAUGGAUUAUACACCGUCUUGUCAAAACUGACUAGAAAAGCUAACACCUUAACUAACCGCUACAAACAAGAAAUCGGCUUCGGUAGCUGGGGACAUUGAGCACAGAUCAAGUUACAAGGACUAACCCUCUUUAAUGAAGUUAAGCCAAGCCUAACUGAAGUUGCAAGGUUGUUUUCUGCUCUGUGGUAGAAACCGAUAGAGGCAACGAUUUAACUUGAUCAUUUAAUAUGUCCUUUUUUCUGUUUUAUUUUCCCGUCGUAUUUCUGGGAGAAGGGAAGGCUUUGUUGGACGUGCUUAAUAAAUAUUUCAUUCAUGAAAUGGAAAACGUGGCUGUGGGCGGCUGUGCCGGUGGAGAUUACAUUUUACUUUGCACUACUUUGUACUAUAUGUGUGAUGUAUAAAAUUGUAACGUCUUGUGUACCGUUUACUCGUUUUACAAACGCUCACGGUAGACGUGUGUCUUUCCUAACAAAAUGAGGCUGUUAGAUAAAGCCAAUGACAUGAAAGCUAUAUAGUUCUGUGGGUAACUUACUGUAUGGAAACAACUGAAAAAUUCUGAUAAAAGAAUAAUAUGACGAGGUUUCCUGUGUCAACCACGUAUUUUGCGUAUUUAAACCAUACUUUUGUACAACCGGAUUAAAACAAUGUUUAAAAAUAAAAAAAUAAAACAUA